CUGUUUCUAUUUGUGAGCCAGAGGCUCUGAAUGGUUUGUACUUGGGGUCACUGAUGUACAGGCAUUCAGACGUGUGCUCUUUAGGAGCAACACUUCAUAUGAAAAAGAAGCCACUCGUCUUGGAUAUUACUUCAGACCUUUGGGAUUGUUGCUCGCUCACACAUCUAAGAAGUUGUUGUUUGUGUUGUUGACACCUCAGAGGGAAAGACUAGUCUUAGAGAUCUCUGAGUGCAUUCACUACGAGGAUAUCCAGGAAUCAUUCUUUGCCUUGAAAAGAGAGAAGAUCGUUUAUAUAUCUUGAAGGUUCGGUGAGCAGCUGAGACGCAACUAGUCAACUCGAGCUGUAUGUGGUCUGCUGCGGCUGUUGCUGCUCUGGUGACCAAGACUUAGAAGAAUCCGAGAAGCUUCAGACAGCUCUUUCCAGGUUUGGCUACCAUCUGACUUCCAACGACUGCCAUAUCUACAGUUGCAGCCUUACCCUUGCCAUUGCCAAGUUUGGGAUAGGAGUGAUACUUUAAAUCAGCACACCCACUGCACACACACACUCAAACACACAACAGUAUAUACAGUUGAAGGGGCUCCCACUUUGGUCGCUGAACCUAGUUCCAGAAGCUUCCAGAGUUUUACCCAAGAUCUCCCAGCUGAUUGCAGAGGCCCCGACUCCCGGAUCUGGACUAUUUUGUUAUUGGGGCUGCAGUCAUGUUUCUGAAGGACAUUGGGCGGCAGCUGCUGCGGGUAAAGGUGGUGGACUGCAGCGCCACCGAGUCGCGGCUGGCGCGAUGCCUCAACACCUUCGACCUGGUGGCACUCGGUGUGGGCAGCACGCUGGGCGCCGGCGUCUACGUGCUCGCUGGGGCGGUGGCGCGCGAGGACGCUGGUCCAGCCAUCAUACUCUCCUUCCUGAUUGCCGCGCUGGCGUCAGUCAUGGCCGGCCUGUGCUACGCCGAGUUUGGCGCGCGCGUGCCCAAGACGGGCUCGGCAUACCUGUAUAGCUAUGUGACGGUGGGCGAGCUCUGGGCCUUCAUCACCGGCUGGAACCUCAUCCUCUCCUACAUUAUUGGGACAUCUAGUGUUGCCCGAGCCUGGAGUGCUACGUUUGAUAGCCUGAUCGGCAAGCACAUUGAGAGCUUCUGCAUACAGUACAUGACUAUGAAUGUUCCAGGAGUACUUGCUAAGUAUCCAGACAUGUUCGCUGUCCUAAUCAUCCUCAUUUUAACUGGCUUGCUUGCUUUUGGGGUCAAGGAGUCAGCCAUGGUCAAUAAGGUGUUCACCUGCAUCAACGUACUGGUGCUGCUCUUUGUGGUCGUGUCGGGCCUGGUUAAAGGAACAUUGAAGAACUGGUCCCUUGAUCCUGAUGUGGUGCUCAAUCAGACAAAUGUGACAGUGACGCGAAAUGAGGUAGGUGCUGGAGGCUUCAUGCCCUUUGGGAUUAGUGGAGUUCUCUCUGGCGCUGCCACCUGCUUCUACGCGUUUGUGGGCUUCGACUGCAUCGCCACCACAGGAGAGGAGGUGAAAAACCCACAGCGUGCCAUCCCUAUCGGUAUCGUGGCCUCCCUGCUUAUCUGCUUCUUUGCCUACUUCGGCGUGUCCGCCGCCCUCACCAUGAUGAUGCCCUACUACCUGCUGGACACCAACAGCCCUCUGCCCGCGGCCUUUACGCAUGUCGAGUGGGGUGGUGCCACCUACGCAGUAGCCGUAGGUUCCCUGUGCGCCCUCUCCACCAGUCUCCUGGGCUCCAUGUUCCCAUUGCCGCGCAUUAUCUGGUCGAUGGCAAGUGAUGGCCUGCUCUUCUCGUUUCUGGCGAGUGUCAGCGAGAGAAAGUCGCCCGUCGCCGCCACUGUGGCGGCAGGGGUCAUGUCCGCGGUCAUGGCUUUCCUGUUUGAACUGAAGGACCUGGUGGACCUCAUGUCCAUUGGCACUCUGUUGGCAUACACACUGGUGGCAGCCUGUGUCCUGGUGCUUAGGUAUCAGCCGGACCAGCCCAAUGCGGUCUUGCCCUACCAGGCCGCCUCCCAGGAGGAGGCAGAGGCCGAGGCCGAGGAGAACAACUCCGGGUUCCUGCCCCUACAGCUACAGGAGAACUUCUCGGUGCAGAACAUUCUCUUCCCGAAGAACACGGAACCGUCUCGCCUCUCCGGCUCUGUGGUUAACAUCUGCACCAGUCUACUAGGGCUGCUGGUGUGUGUGUUCUGUUUGAUUGCGGCCCAGAAAACACUGCUGGCUCCGUGGUCCCUGCUGCUCCUCGUCAUCCUAUUAGUGGCCUGUCUGUUCAUCACCGUGGUGGUCGGAAGGCAGCCGCAGAGCAAAACCAAGCUCUCCUUUAAGGUGCCUCUGCUGCCUGUUCUGCCUGUGGUCAGCAUGUUCAUCAACGUUUACCUCAUGAUGCAGCUAGACCGGGGCACUUGGGUGAGGUUCCUCAUCUGGAUGGUUCUAGGAUUCUGUAUCUACUUUGGCUAUGGCAUUUGGAACAGCACAGAGGCUGCUCUGGCAAAGUCCAACAUGACCAACGACAUCACAAGCUUUAAGGACCUGAUGAACGGGCAUGCCAUGACUCUCGAGAAGGAGGCCUUUCUCUGUAAUGGCACUGACACUCCAGGGGAUGAAGAUAGUGAUCCUUAAAUGUGUCAGGUUGCAGAGUUGUAUCAUCCUGUCGGACUGGUAUGUUAUGUUAGGUAAACCUGAUUCACAGGAUCCACAGAUGAACCGCCAGGUUAAUCCACACCAUCAUACCAAGCCAACCUUGUUAGCUUUUGCUUUCCAAUCUCUGGUAAACACACUCAAUGUCAGAAUUCAAACUAACCAGAUCAAUUACGGAAACUCAAAAGGGACAUUUGCCAAGUAACCUUUCAUCACAAUCUCUCCUGCUGGGAAUGGACAUUCUUAUUGUCAUCGAAGCUGAAAAGAUCCCAGGUUUCAGAGCCUAGGGCUCUCCAGCACAGUACAGAUUCACACGCUGGGACUUAGCAGACCAUCUAAGUAUAACUCACCUGUGUGACAACACAGGGCUGACCAGCAUUGUAGAACCAACAGGUGCACAGUUGAAAUGCACCCAUUUCAGGGACAACUGCUGCUCUAGAAUAGGUAUAAUGACUAGCAUAGUUAAAGCAUAGUCCUGUAGAUUGAAAUUGAAAUACAUGCCAUUUUAACUGUAACAUUUGUAUUACAUAUAAUUUAUACAGAUAUUGUCACAAUUAAAGAUGCCCCUCCCUUCCCAGAUGCAUACAGCUUCUCCACCCUUUGAGGUUAGUCAGAAUGUUAGGCUUUUGUGCUAAGCCAACGUGACUAGGUACAGAUCAUUCAAACACAGUGUUGCCCCCUAAUGGUCAUAAUGAUGUAUAAAACAGAAAAGUGAACAUUUGGAGCAUCCAGUGUAUUUUAUAGCGUUUCAGAAUUGUUGCCUGCAAUGGACCUGGUGCCUUACUGUCCUGUCCACUUUUAGUCAACACAGACCAUCACGGAGCAAAUUAGUUUUUCACUGUGGUUGUAAAAAUGGCUGUUGUUACUUCACUGUGAUGAAAUUGUUACGAAUUUUACUUUCAAGUAUGUAUUGAGUAUUUCAACAACCGGGUGAGAAAAUGUAUACAAAACAUUUUAAACUGGUUGGUUCAGGCCAAGGAUGUUUUAUCCAAGAUACAUACUUGAUUUCUACUUGCAGGAAAAAAAUCAUUUGUAUGAUGUUAUACACUUGUUGGUACAAACUGAAGUUGGAGUACUAUUUGACAACUGUUACUUUGUUCUUGGAAGUAUACAUCUUGAAAAAUAGCCAUGAUCAUUGGUUUGGAAUGAUUUUACCUAGAACCAUGGUCCCAUUUUGAAAUGCAUAAAUUAAUCUUUUUGUCAAAUGUUGUAGCAGUAUUUCCAUGUGUGUCCAUCCCUUGAGAACAACUGUGUCAUACCUAGGGUUGCAAAAUUCCGGGAAUUUUCAAAGUUGGAAACUUUCCAUGGGAAUUAACGGGAAUAUAUGGGAAUUAACAGGAAUAAACGGGAAUUAA